CCGCCAAACAAACCCGGAAGCAAGGCUGAUCACAGUAUUACGGCAUAGACGUACAAACAGCUAUAGCGGCGACAUGCAGUUCGGAAGUGAGUUCGUGUAUCUUCGGAAUCACUCGGAAGAGAGCGAGGAGUCGGUGGACGAGGCCGAAGAAGUCCGAGCGUUCUCGAAGCGUCGGGGCAGCGGUAGGGAUGAUGGGAAGACAUGCAUGUUGGACAUCUUGGACACGGCCGGACAGGAGGAGUUUUCCGCCAUGAGAGACCAGUACAUGCGCACUGGGAACGCCUUUAUCCUGAUAUUUGACGUGACGUCACGCGGCAGUCUGGACCAGGCCGGGUCUAUCUACCAAUGGCUGCUCAGGAUCAAGGGUGCAGAUCACGUGCCGGCGGUUUUGUGUGGGAAUAAGGUCGACUUGUCCGCCAGCCGUCAGGUCACUUCCGAGGAAGGUCGGCAGGUGGCGCUGCAGCACGGCCUGCCGUAUCUGGAGACGUCCGCCAAGACGGGGCAGAACGUGGAGGAAGCUUUCCACGAGGUCAUCCGGCAGACUCCGAGGGAUGGCAAGAACUACAAGCUUGCCAUGCUAGGCGCAGGGGGUGUCGGGAAGUCCAGCCUGUGUGUGCGCUUUGUGCAAGGAGACUUUAUUGAAGACUACGACCCGACUAUCGAGGACUCCUACCGCAAACUGAUCACGGUAGACGACAUUCCUCAGGACAAACUGCAGAAGAAAGAUGGCAAGGCUAAACCGAAGAAAAAAGGAAAGCCCCGUUCGCUGCCAGCUGCAAGGCCGAAGAUGAGGAGUAAGAAGAAAACCUCCUCCUCUGGAGCUCUGGGGUUGUUCGGGCGUCUGUUGGGGCGGGGUUCCGCGAGGGACAGCAGCGACAGCAGCGAGGAGGAACAGCAACAGCAGCAGCAGUGGAACAAUGACAGCAGUGACAGCUCUGAUAGCGAGGAGGAACAGCUGCAGCUGGAGAACAGCCUGGCAGAGCAGGAGAGCGGAGCUGCCAACCGGGAGAAGAAGAUGGUGAAACGCAAGAAGGCUGACGGCAAUGUGGUGUUGCUGAGCCUCAGCUGUCUGGAGAACGAGACUACAGUUAUGCCAAGAGCGCCACCUAGUUGUGCUGAGUGUACUGCAGUCUUGUCGAACCUGUCAAAAAUCAUCAACGGUGAAAACGGACAGCCCGGCGGAUGGCAUUGCCACUUUUGCAACACGACAAAUGAUGGAAUCGAGGAAAAAGACAUUCCGGCUGAAGGUACGGUGGAGUACGUCCUGGCCCCCGCGGACAUCCCGCCAGGCGGCGCAGACGGGGAGGGAGCGGGCGUGAGUCCGGAGUCCCGGGGCGUGGUGGUCCUGUGUGUGGACGUCAGCGGGUCUAUGGGCGUCACCACCAAGGUCCCGCAACUACAAGCCGAGUGGAAGGCCAUGAGAGAUAAGAAGGCUGGGAAAGAGUACGUGUCGAGGCUGGAGUGUAUGACAGCGGCCAUUGCAAGGCACCUAGAAAGGCUGGAGUUGGACACCCCCGACAGACAGGUUGCCAUAGCAACGUUCCAAAGCCAUGUCCAGCUGUUUGGAGAUGGGCGGUACCCACCAACUGACGUCACCGGUGACACGCUCAACAGCUACGACGGCCUCAUCAGCACCGGGCGCGACCUAGCGGAAAAGUUUGAACUGCAGCCGAUCAAAGAUUCGCUGGGCACAUUAAAGGAGAAGGUGUCCGGGCUGAGUGCAGGAGGUACCACGGCCCUGGGGCCCGCCCUGGCGGUGUGUGCGGGCGUGGUGGCCGACAAGCCGCGGUCAGAAAUCAUCCUCUGUACGGACGGCGCCGCGAACGUCGGAGUCGGGGACGUCAAAAAGGAUCCCGGCUUUUACAAGAAGAUCGGAGACUUUGCCAGAAGCCACCAGAUCGUCAUCUCCAUCAUCGGCAUCGAGGGCGAGAACGUCGCGCUGGAGCAGGUCAGCGCUGCAGCGGCGACCUCUGGCGGCACGGUGAAUGUACUGCACCCGUUGGAGCUGGUGCGUCAGAUCAGGCAGAUCGCACAGAACAACCUGGUGGCCACCGACGUGCGGGUUACCCUCAUGGUCCACCCCGCACUGGUGGUGGACAGGAACGACCAGGAGAGGCGGGAUGGCGAGGUGUCUCAUCGGAUUGAAGUGGACGUAGGAAACGCCACUAAAUCGACUGACAUGACCUUCAGCAUCCGCCAGAGGUCAUCCAACAUUGACGUGAACAUGGCCACUUUCCCGGCGCAGGCGCAGAUUUACUUCACUCGUAAAGAUGGUGCCAAGUGUCUUAGGGUCAUCACCAUGGAAACCAAGGCAACGCAAAACAGAGAGGACAUGGAGAAGAAUCUGAACGUCGCAGUGACUGGUCUUGCUGCUGUCCAGAAAACUUCUGCUCUUGCUGAGGGAGGGAAAAACGACCACGCGAAGGCACAUCUUCAGAACGUGGAGCGCCUCCUAGCGAGGGGAAGUGUUGGUGCAGAUCAGAAGGAGGAACACUACAUCUUUCUGGAGGAAAACCGGGAACUGGCACAGGAGCUGAGCGAGGAGAGAACGGGUCCCCAGACUGGAGCAAGUGCGGAUCAGAGGUUCAAGAACCUUUACAAGAAGAAGCACGCCAGCGUGGACCAGUUCCUGGGUGGCAAAAAGAAAGGAAAAGCCGUGAAGGGCCGUAUCACGGACAGGAAACUCAACCAGCAGUACUACGAUUACGAGUACCAACCUGAGGAAGAGGAGUAGGCAUGGAAUAAGACGGUUCAGUGUUUGGGGGCCUGCAUGGGGGGUCCCGACAACGCUCUACGCUCAAUUUUGAGAGCUGGCUACGUAUUACGCUGAAUUAAGGAAACCUCUCGAUUACGCUUUACGAUAAGUUCCAAGUGGCUACAACGCAUUACGUAGAAUUA